CUACUGUUCCCUUUUAUUCAUUUCUCUUCCUCAUAUCUCUUUACUUUGAUCGUGGGGUUUGUCUUAAAAAUCGGAUUUUUAUUUCUGGGUUUUGUUCGAUUUCUACGAUCAUGGCGGUCAUCGGAGCUGAUACUACGGUGGUGGAAGUUGGUGGUUUGAUCUCUUCGCCGUCGCCGCCGUCUUCAGUCACCAGUCAAGAAUCAGGAGUCUCUUCUAACAACAGCGAUCACGGCGGAAAUGGAGAGAUCGGAGUCCACGUGGCGAGAUCCGACGGUGGUGAGAGUUUUAAGCGUGAUAUGAGAGAGCUUCAUGAGCUCUUAUCUAAGCUUAACCCCAUGGCUGAAGAGUUUGUUCCUCCUUCUCUUACUAAGCCAGUCGUUAAUGGCUUUAACGGUGGUUUCUUUGCUGUUAACAAUGGUUUUGGUAUUGCCGGAAAUUUCCCUGUGAACGAAGACGGUGGCUUUCGUCGGAAGAAGUCGUUCGGACAACAAGGGAAAAGGAGAAUGAAUCCUAGGACAAGUUUGGCUCAACGUGAAGAGAUCAUUCGAAGAACUGUCUAUGUGUCUGAUAUUGACCAACAGGUCACUGAGGAGCAGCUUGCUGGUUUGUUUAUCGGCUUUGGACAGGUAGUUGAUUGUCGUAUAUGUGGUGACCCUAACUCAGUACUUCGGUUUGCUUUCAUUGAGUUCACUGAUGAAGUGGGUGCAAGAGCUGCGCUGAAUUUGUCUGGUACGAUGUUGGGGUUCUAUCCUGUGAAGGUUAUGCCUUCCAAAACCGCUAUAGCACCGGUUAACCCGACGUUCUUGCCGAGGAGUGAAGAUGAGCGUGAGAUGUGUGCGAGAACUAUCUACUGCACUAACAUCGACAAGAAGCUCACUCACGCAGACAUCAAACUCUUUUUUGAGUCUGUGUGUGGAGAAGUGUACCGUCUGAGGCUGUUGGGUGAUUAUCAUCAUCCAACUCGCAUCGGUUUCGUUGAGUUUGUCAUGGCUGAAAGUGCAAUAGCUGCCCUCAACUGCAGUGGUCUUCUUCUUGGUUCUUUACCGAUAAGGGUGAGUCCGUCAAAGACACCUGUUCGUUCCCGUGCUGUCCCGCGACAUCCUAUGCAUUAACCGUUUAGCUACACAGGCUUUUAUAUAUAUUUCUGCUCCUCCACAGACAUGUAAAGAAUGUUUGUCUGAAACUUUUCUUCUGGUCUUUUGCUUUUCAUUACCCUAUGUAAUGCUGUGAAGCUUGAUGAUGAUGCUUCUGUUGCUUUUUGCUUUUGGGAUCGUUUGGGUAAAAUCUCUUAGGGAGAGUUUUUUUUUUUUUUUCUAUUUGGGUUCCUACGUUUAGAUGUUUACCACAGUCCAGAAGAGUAAAACACUGAGAGAGAGAGAGGCUUUUGAAGAAGAUUUGUCUCUGUUUUAAUGGGCGCUUUUAGUUAUUUAUUUUUUACUCUUUACCCCCUGAAGUUGUUAAAAACUUGCUUUGUUGCUGAAAAUGUUUCCUACUUUUUAGAGUUAAUCAAAUUACCUUAUUGUCCUU